GAGCACCCAAAACAGAUCACUUUGUUUGCUUUGGGACCCCUCACCAACAUAGCACUGGCCUAUCAUUUGGAUAACAAAUUGUUUGACAAUUUGGAGCAAAUCGUGUUUAUGGGCGGAACUCUUGAUUUUGCCGGAAAUUCAGAUCCAAUGAAAACUUUUAAUAUCGUGAGUGAUGUGGAGGCCUGUCGUAUAGUACUGUCCACUGCUAAAUGUCCUCUUACUGUCGUACCUGAAGAAUGCUGUAGAAGUAAUAUACUGACCUGGGAUAUUUACGACAAAAUAUCAAAAUUGGAUUCAAAGAAGGCAAAGUUUGCGAAACAGAUAAUGGAAAUGGAGUACAAGAGGGUUAAGCCCCAACCGGGAGCUAAAGGGUUCAUAAUGUUUGAUAUACUGGUAGUAAUGGCAGUCGUAUACCAGGACUACAUUGAAUCCCAACAGGAAUAUAAGACAUCCAUUGAAUUGAACGGAACCCUCACGAGAGGGGAACUGGUGUUUGAUAAGAGAACGCCGGGACCUGAUGUUAAACCCAUGGACUGGACUUCGAAUAAU